AUGCAGUCUGGAGUGAAGACGCUCUCCGCAGGUGGAGGUGCGUCACUCUGCUGCCUGCUGCUCCUCUGGCUCAUCUACUCCCAUCUGCUCAGAGAGGGCCAGUUAGCGGUGGGAACCUGCGAGAUAGUGAUGCUCAACAGAGACAGCAGCGUUCCCAGGCGGACCAUCGCCAGGCAGACAGCCCGCUGUGCCUGUCGGAGAGGCCAGAUCGCCGGGACCACGAGGGCGAGGCCAGCCUGUGUAGACGCGCGAAUCGUGCGGAGCCGUCAGUGGUGUGAGAUGGCUCCCUGCCUGGAGGGGGAAGUCUGCAGCCUCCUGUUCAACCGGUCCGGCUGGACCUGCACCAGGGGCAGCGGUCGCAUCAAGACCGUCACGCCUUUGCCCAAGGAGCCGUCGUAGGAUGCAGAGGAAAACAGCAGGCUCAUCGACAUCCAUGAUUUAAAAAGGAACUGAUGCCAGUCACUACAACCGAACAUUGUGUCCAUUCACCGACGAGGUUCCAAAAUUUUUACACCAGGCCUGACCUUCAGUAAAUAAAAAAUGAAAAAAAUUAAAAAUUACCCCGAGCUUCUCCAAUCACCAACGUGAAAGACUCUCGGCAGACACUUGUGAGAACUCUGAGAAGUCUCAAGUGAGCAGCAUGGUACACCAUCGGCAUUGAUUCUUCACUGCAGCCAAAUUCACGGACACAUCAUAGAGCAAAAUCCCUGUAAAGAACAGUUAUG